AUGGAAGACAACUCUAGUAUAACAUUUAUAAAUGGUACAAGUGUUAUCCUUCUUAGCUUUUUUAUUAUGUCCACAAAGAAAAUGCCUGGAAUAUUGAUUGGCACAUGUAUACUUUACAUUUGUGCACUUAGAGAAGAAGCUGGGAACAUCAAGUGUACUGGCCCGGGCACAGGGAAGGUGUACGACAUUCAAAUUCUUGGGAUCACAGAGGCCUGGUUCAACGAAACAGCAACCAGUAAACUACAAUGUGAUCAUUAUUCUGUAGUAGUUUGUCUGCCAGUUCAGUACGCUUCGUUAUUGGCUGUAGGAUGUGCAGAAAAUUCAUGCGUAAAUGGUAUUGAUGCAGGGACCACAGAAGAGAUCUUUGGUUCAGAAGCAGGGGCAGAAGAGAUAGAUGGAAAUCAAUUCAAUUGUCUUGAAUCAUCAUAUGAUCAAGGGACAGCAAAAGAACUAGAGCCACCAAGACUGCCCGAAUCUCCAUUUUUUCCAGCUAAGGAAUUGAAAUCUCUCAAAGGCCAUAGCGCUCAACCUGACCAAGAAAAUGGAAAGAUAACUCUGUCUAGUGGUCAUAAUGCUAAAUCUGAUUUAGGAAAAAAGUUGAAGAUUACAAGUCAUCCAGAGUACAGAAAAUGUCCACAACUAGUAGAUGUUACCAACUGGAUAGUUGCCAUUAUACUAAUCAUUGCAUCAAAGAAAAAGGUUUUACAGCUGUCUAUAUGCUUCAGAAUAAUAGUGAGCCAAACAGAGCAACUUUUUCCGGAGGCACAGCCGAGGAAAAGAGCUACUUUCGAGGGGGACAACAAACUAGCUGUUGUGCUCAUAGCCAGCAAAAAGGUGCUUUAUUGUAUUGAAGCAGACAUUACUUGUGUCACGUCAUGA